AUGGGCCUCUCUCAAAGCAAACUUAUCAUCAAGACCCUUGAAAUAGCCUGUAAGAAGGCUGAGAACGAUGGGGAAGAUAAUAUUGCUUCAGUGCUCUCCGAACAGGAGUUUAUUAACUCUAUCCGACAACUAUGGGCGCGUAUUCCUCUGAAAACUAGAAGAAGUAUCGGCCACCAUCCAGAUAAGGGAUCUGGAAGCUCUAAGAAAAUGCGGAAGGCACCGAACAAGUCAACGAUAACGAUACCUCAGGCUUUCACAGCCAACCUACACCUCUGGGAAAAUAAUCCUUCUUUGUUUUUCAUAGAGGAUAGUGGUAUUUCUCUUGAACUUGGAAGAGAUCCUCUUGCCGGAUCCUACAAAUAUAUAUCUGGAUUGAAGCGGAGAACAGAGAUAGAUACCAUACGUCUACGAUUCUGGAAGGUGGUAUUCUAUCGAUUGAAAGAGAGGCUAUGCUUAAAUCACUUGCGUGUUGGCAAUGUGGAGAUUGUGGCACGAAUUAUAUCCCAGUCUAGUAAGGCUGGGGAUGAGCUGGGUUUGAUUAGGCAGCGGGUCUCUCGGUGGACAGACGAAGGGAGGCGAAUCGACACAUUGUGCCGGGACACCAGUGGAGCCAAGUCUCUGGAUAAUGCACAUCUUGGUAUUUUGUUUUGCUUGCCUGACGACAUUCCCGACGAAGUCAUAAGAGCAUUGCCAUUAGCCGGACCAACCCGGGAAGAAGAGAUUCGCCUGCUUAGGCAUCGCGGUAUAUUAAAAGUUGACGGCUGGGAAAGAUUGCAAAAUCUAGGCAAAACUAUUUUCAACUACCUGUGGGAGAAAAUGGAAUCUUCAAUUUCCCACUUCCACUUAUCCGAACUGGGUUCAGACUGGGAAUUGCAGCACACUCAAUCCUUUAGGAUACAAAACCCAAAAUUCUCAUAUCCGGGAUGCGAUCAGGGGACAAACGCACCAACGAUCCCAUUACGAAAACAUCGAGCCGCUACAGGCACCGCACGGGCUGGGGGGGCUCGCAGCCUGCGUUCCACUUGUUUGAAAACAUCGAGCCGCUACAGGCACCGCACGGGCUGGGGGGGCUCGCAGCCUGCGUUCCACUUGUUUGAAAACAUCGAGCCGCUACAGGUACCGCACGGGCUGGGGGGCUCGCAGCCUGCGUUCCACUUGUUCGAAAACAUCGAGCCGCUACAGGUACCGCACGGGCUGGGGGGCUCGCAGCCUACAUUCCACUUGUUCGAAAACAUCGAGCCGCUACAGGUACCGGACGGGUUGGGGGGCUCGCAACCCAUGACUGGGACACAGAGUAUGUUCAACCAAUAUGAGGAUAGCCAAGCGCUUCGGCAACCAUUUUCCGGUACCUUUGAUGACAGCCUCGUGGCUGGAAGAGAUUCCUCCAAUAUGUAUACCCAAAUGCCGGAUGAUUUACCGUCGAAUCAACCACAAAACCCUUCCUACCAACAAUUCACUGUGCCUGUUUCUGUGAAUUAA